AUGUUCGCGGACGAUGAUGAUGACGACAUCGACCCGCUCACGCGCGCGGCGCAACUAAGAGCAGAAGCGCGAGAGACGCGCGAGGCGUUGGAGCGGUUGGCGAGAAGCGCGAAGGACGCCGAGGAACGAAAGCGACGCGUCGACGCUCGAGCGCGCGUGGCGGAAAAGAUGAUGGCGUUGAAGGCUAUAGAUGACGUUACACAAAACUGA